AUGACCGGUCGCAGAAUUGUUGUUUCCAUAGACUUUGGAACGACCUACUCAGGCGUCGCCUGGGCCGACACGAGCCGGCCUGAUGUUCAGCAUGUCGUGACAGAAUGGCCCGCAGUCGGCUCUUUCAAGAGCAGCGCAAAGGUGCCUACAGAACUCCGAAAGGUGGCAGCUGGAUGGCAGUGGGGGUUCCAGAUCCCCGAAACGGCGAAAAGAAGUAAAUACUUCAAGUUGAAGUUGGACGAUCCAUCUGGGCUCACGAAAGAUGGAGAGUCAGCAAAGGACCUUACCAAGGUCUAUCUUUCGUGUCUUCAGUCGCAUUUCGUCAGUGUUCUCGGAAAGCGCCUGUCACCGAGUGUAGUAAGAUCAACGCCUAUGGAUUUUGUCGUGACGGUCCCGGCUAUUUGGUCACCCAAGGCAAAGCAGAUGACGGAACAAGCCGCAGCUAUGGCAGGAUUCUGUGGCAACCAGCGCAUCAUGCUCAUCUCAGAGCCCGAAGCCGCAGCGCUAUAUACCCUCAAUACUCUCAGCCCUGCAACGUUGCAAGUAGGCCGCAAGUUUGUUGUCUGCGAUGCAGGCGGUGGUACCGUUGACUUGAUUUCCUACCAAGUAACGCGGACAGGCAGUGUUGAAGUGAGAGAAGUCACCGAGGGCACAGGCGGGAAAUGUGGUUCAUCUAUGCUGAACAUGCGUUUUCGUCGGCAUUUGAAGCAGACCCAUGGUGAAAAGUACUGGACCGACGAGAGACUUGUUCCAGCCUUAAAUGAGUUUGAGACGUUCAAGAAGACAUUUUCACCAAAAGGUGAACCUCUAACUCUCAAAGUCGAUCCAAGUCUUGGUCUGAAACGAAAUCGUUAUACAAUGUCACAGGACGAUAUGAAGACCAAGAUAUUUGAUCCCAUCAUGAAGGAUGUCAUGUGCCUCAUUAAGGAACAAAUCAGGAUGGCUGGAGAGGGGGUUGCUGCUGUGAUUCUGGUUGGAGGGUUCGGUCAGAGCAAGUAUCUGAAGUCCCGCGUCAAGGAAUCCAUCUCGAAUCGCACGGAAGUCCUUCAACCAGAAGAUGGCUGGACAGCUGUGGUCAAAGGUGCCGCAAUGCAUGGGCUCAGUCGAUACCAGUCCUCGUCGACCCGAGUUGAAGUUGCGUCUCGAAUCGCCAGACGAUCAUAUGGAACAUGCUUGAUGACGAAAUAUGAUAGGAUGAAACAUAACCCGAAAGAAGCGUUUUGGUCUGAGAAAGAACAAGAGCAUGUCGUUUCCGAAAUGUGUUGGUUCAUUCAAAAGGGCGAAUCCUAUCCUGAGGGCAGGCCAUCGCGGAUAGAGUACCAAUGUGAUCUUCCUGUAACGGUUGGCCAUGAACCCCAAACCGAGGUCGAUAUUUAUAGCAACAACACUGAUGGCAAGGCUCCGGUACAUCGCGAUUCAACCACUCAACGGAUCGGAACACUCUCAAUUGACCUUAGGAAGAUUCCUGAAGGGGUCAAAAGGGCGUCGAGAGUCAGACGCAUGGGAAUGCACCAAUACUAUUGCUUGAAAGGUGCUAUUGAAGCAGUGUACGGAUCAGCAGAAAUCACAUACACGGUUAAACUUGGAGGAAUUACACACGAUAUGAUCAGUGUACGAUAUGAACGCUAG